UGGUAAGAAUUGCAUUAUGGGAAUUGUAACCCACAAAUUUCGCUUGAGACAGUUCAGAGACAGUUUGGAUGUCCGCGCUUGUAUAAACGUAUUGUUUUCUUAUUUCACGAAUUCUACUGAGAGUUAGUAUGUAGAUCACAAUGAUACUACACUGAAUUCGCCAACUUUGAACAUCUGCUUCUGCUACUUUUCUCGUUGACACACUUUACGGUAAACUUUUUAAACAGGAAGUUGUUUUCAGCGCCAGCCUGCGAUGGAACCUUUGAUCGAAAUUGUGACGUCAUGAGCAAACUUUCGACUCGACCCAAAGCCAGCUUAUUUUGUUCUGAUGAACCAAACUAUUUUAUUGAUCAUGAUAUUAUGCAUAAAUAUUGUAGUCUGUGUGCUACUUAGAGUUGCCAAACAACAAAUAUUGCUGAAAUGAAUAAUAUAAAGAGAAAUAAUCUACCCCGCAGACAAAAUGGAAUCGCCCCUCUUCAUCUUUCACAUGACCAAUCAAUCAAGUUUGUGCGUAAAGCAAUAGCUCGAAAAGAAGACUUGACUAUGGAAAAAAACACAUUAUUUUGAUAUAUAGCCGUCUGUUUUUACAUAUUUUAUCGCCAAAUUACGGGAGUUGACGUUCAUGCUGGGUCAACAUGGAUGUUAUCGACGAGAAUGAGGCACUAAAUGCUGUCUUAGCAGGUGCCAUUGACCCAGAUUUUGACUUUCAACAGUUGGAAGACUUUAUCACAAAAGAUGAACCAGAAGUAUAUUUUCCGGAUAUAACAAACCCGGUCCCGGUUAACAAUACACCAAGUCUCAACAUUUUGCCAAAAUAUGCACCACAACAAGUAAACAACCUCAACAAACAAAAUGUUGACAACUAUAUGAAAAAUAUAUCUUUACACGAUAACACAGAUUAUCUACAACGUUUUCAAGAGUCAUUACCUGAAUCCCCUCCGGAUUCUUCAUCAGAGCCUUAUUCACCCCCAGAAAUGAAGUCCAACCUGUCAAAUGGAACGGUCCAUUUGUCACCUCGGCAUAGUCAGACUGAAGUGACCCAGCCAUCAUUAUCAAUACAAGGAAACCAAGUUAUACAGACGCAACCUACGACACAUUCCCUGGGACAACCACCACCACCACAGAUGCAUAACCAGCAGCUUCUACAGCCUAUGAUGCAGGUGGGACGCACGCCCAACUCUCUCACAAAUUACAUCACGCCGAACCCGCCACAGUUGUCGCAUCUACCGACAACACAGGCACAGCAGGGUUUAUUACACGACAGCUAUGUUCAUCAGAAUAAGAAGAGGAAACAUUCUGAUUCUCCUACCAGUACAAUGACAAACAACACACUAGCCCCUGGAUUGUUGCCGGCGAUGAUACAAAUCAAACAGGAACCCGGCAUUUACAGUGAUUGCAGCCUAGAAUACGAUAGUGAAUCGCGUAUGUACAUGGAGAACAGUUAUCAGUGUAUAAAAUGGCAGGCGUUCAAUCAAAGUAACUACGUCACCUUAGUAGAUGCUACUGGAAAAGACCUGCCAGCAACAACAUACAAGACAGAAGCGGACAAAGGGUUCAAUUUCUCAGUUCCUGAUGAUUCCUUUGUCUGUCAAAAGAAAAAUCAUUUCCAAGUAACAUCCCAUAUUGGUUUGAUCGGCAACCCAAAGUAUAUCAGAGUUGAUGGAGAACUGAAACCCAUUGAUAGCUUCUAUCUUCAUCUUUUUGGUGUGAAGGUUGAAUCAACUGAGUCUGUUAUCAAGGUGGAACAGUCACAAUCCGACCGAAGUAAAAAGCCUUUCUAUCCUGUCAAGGUUGAUUUACCACCAGACCAGGUCACGAAAGUUACAGUGGGUAGGUUACACUUCAGCGAAACGACGUCAAACAACAUGAGAAAGAAAGGCAAACCUAACCCCGAUCAGAGGUAUUUUAUGCUGGUGGUUGGUUUACAUGCCCACUGCGGUAAUGAAAAUUACACAAUAGCUUCAUCAUCAUCUGAAAGGAUAAUUGUGAGGGCAUCAAAUCCUGGACAGUUUGAAAAUGACGUGGAUAUGAUGUGGCAGAAAGGAAUUACACCAGAUUCGGUUUUCCAUGUGGGUCGUGUUGGUAUAAACACAGACCGACCAGAAGAAUCUCUUGUCGUACAUGGUGACAUUAAAGUUACUGGACAAGUCCUACAGCCUUCUGAUGAAAGAGUUAAAGAAAACAUUGAAGAUGUUGAUACCAAGGAGCAGCUCCGAAAGGUUGCUAAGUUACGACUAGUCAGUUACGACUAUAUCCCUGAAUAUAUUGCCCAUUCGGGUAUGUCCGAGCAGAAUAGUAAAACGACUGGAGUAUUAGCGCAGGAUUUGAGGGAUGUUAUGCCGGAUGCUGUCAAAGAAAGUGGUGAUGUAAUACUGCCAAAUGGACAUAGAAUAGAUAAAUUCCUUAUAGUAAAUAAGGAUCGUAUUUAUAUGGAGAAUGUUGGUGCUGUCAAAGAACUUUGUAAGCUGACAGACAAUCUAGAAAACAGAAUUGAUGAACUGGAGAAAAUGAACCGCAAACUAUCCAAGCUAAAGAGACUGGAUAGUUUGAAAUCAACGUCCAGUGGUGGGACAAUUCCAAGUCGUAGUGGAAGCAAACGUGGGGGAAGUAAUGUUCCAGGUUUUGGGCACAAGAAACAACGGACCUCAUCUCAGCACCACCAUGAUCAUGUACAUCCCGAAGAUAUUGGGUGUUUAUCUCAGAAGUUCAUGCAAGGUGUAAUUAUGGCAUUGAUACUUAUUAUGUUGUUCUGUGUGGCUGCCAUGAUAACUCUCUAUGCCCUCGAAGCAACAAGUGGAGAAGAAACUUCUUCAGUUGUAACGACAGCCACAUAUACAACAAACUGGCCUUUCGGAAAUCCACCAUUCAAGACAAACUUGCCACCAGUGGUCGAGAACCAUACUCCGACAAUGAUGAUAACAACACCAUGUACUGGAAUUGGUUGUGCCACAUAUUGCUGUGAAAUGCCUUCAAUAUCAAAGACAUUUAUUAUCACAAGCUCUCCUUCAACUCUACCUCUUACUGAACCACAUAACAUUAAUAAUGUGGGUCAGUGGUCACCUGAGUUGAGUGUUAAUCCAACCACCGUCUCAGUAGCAGAUCAAAUUUUUAAUGAUGGCCAGAUUGUCAUCGAAGGUGAAGAGUAUAUUAAAGAUAAUAAGAACGAAAAUGAAGAUGUCAAUAACAGAGCCAUAAUUUAUAAACCAUCAGAAAACAAUAACAGGAAGAAGCGCUCCGAUUCCACAAACAAGCCAGAACCACCACUGGCGGUAACUAGUAUUCGUAUAAUAGAUGGGAAUUAUCUGAUAAAUGACAGCCAUUGUGACUAUUCACAUUGUGGCAAUGGUAAUUUUUCUUACACAAUAAAAGUGCCUGCGUAUUUCCCGUUAAAAUGGACUGAGCUUGAACUCAAUGUUAGUGGCAGUAGUUUGCUGUGGUUGUGUAAAUAUACACAUUCUACUACUUGUCUGGAUGCUGUGAAUGAACCAGCUGAGGUACAUGUUCCAGGCCAUCAGACUUCCACCUGGUCGUCAACAAAUUGUGAGACUCAAGACGGCAGCUACGUGGAUUACCACAUCAAUUUUAAAAGAGACUUAUCAUUGUGUUCAACACACAGCAGCAUGAUGCCUUAG